AUGCCUGUGCUCGACCUUCAGUCUUUGCCUGAGGCUAUACUUGAGACAUCCACAUUGCACGCUGCGGCAGCUCUCAUUGCUGUUGCAGCUGUGGAAGAUCAGCAAGACGAACUAUAUCGACAAAAGAUCGACACAUGCAAGCGGUUGCGCUCGUCCUCCAGUGCUCUGGACACCCCAAACAGCACACUCCAGCUGCAUCCGAUGUCGCUGGUGUCGCUGGCGUCCCUCUUAGGAACGUCAGGGGUGGGGACAGCGUACGACUUGAAGUUGAUACGCGUCCCGGCAAGACUAGCAACAUGGCAGGACUCAAUGCGUUCACAGAUUCCGCUGACGGCGGCAAUGUGCCAGCUAUAUUUUGCGCUGAGUACUCUCAUUCUCUUACCACUGACCAGCCCGCAACCAGGUUUUAUGGACGAUGAAGAGUACAUUAUAGAAGUGAAGGGAGGCCCCGAGGCAAGGGUCGAAUCUCGUGUGAGAGCUGAUCCUGGUGCAGGCCUUUUCGUUGGCCCUCGGGAUAAGUACCCGCUCAUAGGGCGGGGAAACCAGCGUGCACCUAAGACGAUAUAUGUCGUCCUCUCCGAUGCCAUUUAA